AUGGCGAUCAACAAGGAGACGUGGGUGGUAGACAAGGCACUGGCAGUGGUGUUGUGGGUGACGCGGCUGUAUGGGAUGCUUGUUUAUCCAUUAGCAGCACUCAAUGAAAUCUCGAGCCCAUUGUCAAGAGAUGCAAUCAGCUAUUCAUAUAUUCCAAUAACUUCUAUCAGCAAGACCAUUGACCUACUGGGUAAAGUUAAGCAAGAUGUUAAAAUGACACCGAGGAUGAAAUUGGCUAUAGAAAUCCGUAAACUAUCAAGCAGUUUCGUUCGGACAUGUGAAGUGUUGCGGGAACUUAACGAUAUAGAAAACUUCUUCCUACUCGUCCACAUUAUUAUCGUCUCUAUGACUUUAGUAGUAACUAUAAAUAAUCUUGCACAAGUUCUGUGCUGUACUACAGGUAACGAUCUCAAAUACGCAAUACUUAAACAGUGUGUCUGGUUUGUGUGCCACAUCUUUAGAAUUAUUGUGAUCGUGGAACCCUGCCAUCGUAUCAGCGAAGAGUUCUCGAAAACCAAGAUGCUGGUGGCACAGAUGAUGUGUGAGGUGACUUGUGAGGCUGAUCCACUGUUCGAAGCGACAGAUGAUUUCUUUAACCAAUUGCUUCUCAACGAUGUGUCCUUCACUGUGAUGGGAAUUUGCUCACUUAAGAGAUCCACAAUAUUCACGAUCAUUGGUGGUGCUAUUACUCUUUACAUAUUGAUUUUGGAACUUUAA